UGCGGCCACGCUUGUCUGAGUCAAGGUUGGUCUUGGAUUGCUUAUAUGGGAAGACGCAUGACAAGAUUCGGAAGCUCGUUACCUCCAACAUUCAAACAUUUCAGACAUCCUGUCCACCACUUCUUGGGCAACACCUUACUUUACCUUGAAGCUUGACUCUACCUUGAGAGCGACAAGAGUAUUUUUUCUCUCCAAAACACUUGCCAUUUGCCAAUAUGGCCAAUUUCAACAGCGAGCUUGAGGUCUCACAAGACCGACCAUACUUCGCCGCUAACUACAUCCCGGCAUCAACGGUCCAGGUGCAUGCUUCAAAUCUGUUGCUUCUGCCAAAUGGUGACCUGCUCUGCGCUUGGUUCGGCGGAUCGCAAGAGGGUCUUUCAGAUAUCUCGGUCCACACCUCUCGGUUACGCAAAGGUACUCGCACCUGGUCCGAGCCCCAGCGAGUCUCGGAUGAUGCCAACAGAAGUGAACAAAACCCUGUGCUAUUCCUGAACCCAGAGACCUCCGAUUUAUGGAUAAUGUACACAGCUCAGCCGGCUGGAAAUCAAGAUAAAGCUGUUGUGCGCUACCGGACAUCCAAAGACGAGGGAAAGACCUGGAGUGAAGCCCAAAACCUUUUCGAUGACGAAGGCCUCUUCAUUAGGCAGCCUAUUACCAUCCUCAAAGACGGUACCUGGGUUCUUCCAGCUUGGUACUGCCGCACUCCUGCUGGAUUCCGCUGGAUUGGCAAUGACGAUAUUUCUGUAAUCAAGUACACUCAUGAUAACGGCCGCACAUGGCACGAGAAGGAGGUACCACGUUCAACAGGCGCUGUACACAUGAACAUCAAAGCUCUCCCAGAUGGCACAUACAUUGCCCUUUAUCGCUCGCGGUGGGCCGAUAACGUAUACACAUCGCGGUCGCAGAACGGCCUAGACUGGUCUGAGCCUACCCCAACAGCACUCCCCAAUCCCAAUUCGGGCAUUUGUUUCGAGGUGUUGUCGGACGGUCGCCUAGUUAUUGUCUAUAACGAUUCAAAGUUCCAGGCAGGCCAAUCUAAACGCGAAGGCCUUUACGAUGAUAUCACCCCCGAAGAUGACAAACGGGCGAAUCAACCUGCAGAGACCAAGGAAGCUAUCUGGGGAGUUCCUCGAAAGCAAUUGACCGUAGGCAUCAGUUCGGACGGAGGUGAGACCUGGAAGUCGAAGGUUUUACAAGAAGGCGAUGGAUUCUGCAUGACGAACAAUUCUCGAACACGAGAGAACAGGGAACUGAGUUAUCCAAGUAUAGUUGUUGACGGUGAUGUUGUAAAUGUAGCCUUCACCUUUUGGCGACAAAGAAUUCGAUUCAGCCGCUUUGAGGUUGGUUGGCUUGAGGCAUAGAAAUAGCGUGGUUCAUAACAAAAGUAGAUAUUCCCGCGAAUUCGACUUCAGUCAGUUAGAUCGUCUCUUCCCUUCAUUUAACUGUUUUCACUCGUGAUAAAUAAUUGAGAAAUGUGGCCUAGAGCAAAUAACAUUUGAAAUCAACUUCAUCACUAGCGUUCCGUUUUCUCUGCGAAGGCGAGAGGAUAGUCCAGUCGUCCUCGGUGCUGUUCUCGAAAUAUCCCGCAGUAGAAAAGGGAGCCCAGACGCUCAUCUUUCAUAACACUUCCGUCUUUCCACGAUUAUAA